GAGCGGGUGACAAAUGUCAAGUGCAGCUUUGACUGCACCACAAAUGAUACGAUUGUCGGUAAAGUUGAUCUUCUGCAUAAGUGAUGGCGAAUCAUAAAAAAGGUUAUGAAUCGUAUCGUUCUGUAUCAAAAAAUAUAAGGCGUCAUGUUGGCGAGGUAAUGUUUACGUCGUUAUCUUCGUCUUCUGAAGAAGAUGUAACAAUGGAAUGUCCAAGUUAUAGAAAUAUGCCGAGAGAACGUUUUCGUAGAAGUCGCACUGAAACAGAUACUCAAACAGGACAAGAUACGAUACGACGCGAAGAGAAUCCUUUUAGUUUUAAACAUUUUCUAAAAAAUGAUUCACAGACAAAUUAUUAUAAUGCAGGAGCUCGUCCAAAAGUUUAUUCCCCUCCAACAACAAGUCCAAAUAAUUUGGAAAAAGAUUCCACAGUUUAUUCCCGUAAUCCAACAGAGCUACCCGAUUUUGUGCAAGAUCAUUUAGUUAUAGAACAAUGUUACCUGAAUCAUGAAUCGAAACAGCAAGCUAUACCAGAUGCAGAUAAUCUUCCUGAUUUUGCACUCAGCGUGGAACAGAGGCAAACUCGACUUAGAAACGAAUCGAAGAAAAGCGAUCCAGUAUUGUGCGAUCUUCCGUUUGACCUAACUGGAAGUUUAGACAAAGGUUUAGCUCAUAGAACUCAGUCUAUACCAAACGCAGGUUGUCCUGCUGAUUUAAAUUUACCUGUUUACAAUAGACAUAACGUAGAUACAGGAUCUACGGAACGUCCAGAAUCAUCAGGAUUUCCAUUAGAUUUACCGAUACCUGGCACCGAAUCUGUUUCUAGUUCAAAUAUUGCAGCGAGAGAUUGUUCUGGAACAAACGAAACAAAUGUUCCAAAGUCUUUACCAGAUUUUUUAAACGACGAUCCUAUCCAUAAUAGGGCAACACUGUCUACAGAUUCUGGAACUAUCCCAAACAGCAUUGAAUCCAUAGAGAGACGAGUAUUGUUAGAAAAUGAAAGGUUACGUCAUGAGUUGGAAGUAGCUCGAAAUCAAGUCGGUGAGAAAUCCAAGAGGAUUCAAUCGUUAGAAUCAAAAUUGGCAUCUAGAAAGGAAGCGGAGCAUGAAGAAACGGUGCAUCUUGAGAAAGCCAUGGAACAGGUUGAGGAUAAUCUAAAACGUAGUACUAGAAGAGCAGUAAAUGCAGAAAGUACAGUUACAUCGUUAAAAAAGGAAAUAAAAGCUUUAACGACAGAGAUAUUACGGUUACGAUUGGAAAAUAAGGAACUUAAGAAUGGAAUUGUAACAAGGAGUAAAAAAGAGUGUGGUUCUUUGAGUGUAGAUCGAAAAGUAAGAAGGCUAGCUAACGAUUUAAGAACUGCUGCUUCAUCGGCAGAAGCGUCACUGAGACAACUAAUGUUUGGCGUGGACAAUUUAAGAGUACUAGCUUCUGCGCUCGAGAAUGUAGAUAGGAUAGAAGACCGGACCAAAGAUCUUUUACCGGAUUCUGAUGAAGAUAAUGCUGCUGGUCCUGCACUUUAAUACAAUUUUGCAUAUUCCCCUUUCUGUACACUUUGUUUCGUUUCUUCUAAGAAACAUAUCCCAGCCUGUGCUAAUAAGUUCCUCGAAUUCACGCGUUCACGUUCACAUGUUUCUAAAAAUUCGUUCUGAAAUCGAUUAGUAAUACAUUUUAUUGGAAAGCACAAUGUUCAUAUCAUGUCUGUUGUAUCUUGAUGCGUCGAUACCUCUCGUUUUCCAAUUUACACAUUCACAAAUAUACAUAUAAUAGUUAGAAAUCAUUGCUCCUGCUUAUCAAAGCAUACCUUUUCGUAUCGCGAAAUAACUCUACGCAAAAGUCUACAGAUUUUAACUUUUGUAUGUACGCUUUGAUAAAAAUCUGUAACACGAAAUAAUAUUGGUAAGGAUUCAUAAUACAAUUCCAGCGUAAUUGUUAAAAAACAAUUUUUUAAUGUUUAUUGCGAUGAGUGUUAGAUGUAGAGCAGUCU